UUGAGCGCGUCGGUCUCAUGUGUUUCUUUUUAUUAUGUGAGCAAAGUCGAGGUGCGCGUGGGGAAUCCGGAUCAGUUAAUCCAUUCAAAAAUAAGAUUGUCUCUAUUCGCUUUAGUCUGCGCACACCGUCCACGCGUGUGCUGUCUUGUGCGCGCGGUUCUGUUCCGAAGUCCAGCUCAUCUGAGUUACACAUUAGAAGCAGGUGCGCGACUUACACAUACACUCGGUCUAAAUGGAAAGUUAAACGUUGGCUCCUCUCAAGAGAUUUGAGGCAGCUAUUAAUGCUGUGUAAAAGACCGGAUGAGUUUUGGUUUCCCUUUCCUGGCAAAAUCAAUCGCAGGCUCAAGUGAGCUUUUGACUAUUUCCUGGACUAAACACUUCUUCUCUGGUUUGUGGCUAUGGAUAAAUUGACUCCCUUGGAGUGCUUGCUGCCGUCAGGUAAGCAGAAAAUAUGCCUCAUCAUUCUCAACCAGCCGUUAGACCAAGACCACUUGAACAUUCUCUGGAAAAAAGCUCUCUUGAGGGCUUGUGCUGAUGGAGCUGCCAAUCAUCUUUACAGCAUUACAUCUGAAGAUAGAGACAGCUUCCUCCCCGACUACAUCAGUGGAGAUUUUGAUUCAAUUACAGCUGAAGUGAAGGCUUUCUAUGCAGACAAGGGAUGUAGGCUGAUAGAAACCUACGACCAGGAUCUCACCGACUUCACCAAGUGUCUGAUCUUGCUGCUGAACGAGAUCCAAAGGCGUCAGUUGCAGGUGGAUGCCAUCGUGACCUUGGGUGGCCUCGGGGGGCGGUUUGACCAAAUAAUGGCCUCAAUGGAGACCCUGCAUCAUGCACUCUCUCUCACGGAACUCCCUGUGUUGAUCGUCCAAGAUACCAGCCUGGCGUGUCUUCUCAAACCCGGUAACCACCAACUUGAAGUAAACACAGGCUUGGAAGGAGACUGGUGCGGCCUUAUUCCAGUAUGUGGAGCUUGCAAGACCAUCACCACUGGACUGAAAUGGAACCUGGAUAACCAGAUCCUGAAGUUCGGGGAACUGGUCAGCACCUCCAACACCUAUGAGCCAGUGGCCCCGGGAGAAGCCAGGAAGACUGUAACCGUGACAACGGACCAACCUCUCAUAUGGUGCAUGGGCAUCUCUACUGAGAGUCUCACCACCAAGUGAUUGUCCGCCGUGCCUUUCACUAGAUGGUCAAACGCUAUCGCCUUUUUUCUGACUGACAAGAAUGCUAUCCCCCUUUCAGCAAGUCUUCCAAAGGAAAUGGAUUUUCUCUGUGUGUUUCCUGUGGACGAGCUUCAUUGUAUCGGACUGCAUUUCUUCUGGUUUUCAGCUUUCAUUUUCAAAGGAUUGUACGAGUUUCUGUCUUAUAGUGGUGCAGAAAUUUUAAGUGUAAAUCUGGAAAUGUGUCUCCAUUUCCUACAGCACUGAGAUAUAUUGUUGAGACUGACAAUGUCACUGUGUUGUUUCUUGUCUCCUUUCUUCCCAACAAAGGUUCCUCUUCUUCUUGGGAAUCAAACUAUGAGUCUGUGGUGAAAGAGGUGGUCAUCUUCGACAUCUGCAUGAGUGAACGCAAUAGCCACUCUGAUGAGUGACAAUGUGUCUGUAUGUGGCCUUUUCAUCUCACCUCCCAAUAUGAUGUGUCCAGGAGUUUUACCACUUUCUCCUAGUAUAUUUUUUGAAAACAUCUUCUCAGCCUUUAUCACCCCUUCCUCUGCUGCAAUGCUUCUUCAGACACCAAUCUGACUUUUCUUUUAAAGCACUUUGUGAACAGCGUUCUAAGAAGCCCUAUCUGAAUAAAGCUGUAUAUUAUUAUAACUGCUGUUGUGGCAUCUCACCACAAGGUGGCAGAAACAACCUUUCUCACUUUUCUGACAACGCUUGCAACUCAACAUGACCACACAGUCACAGGCAGUUAUGAAUCUCUAUAAAACAAACAAAUCGAGCUUUUGGUUGUUUUUUAUUUACAUCAUGUAAUACAAAUGUCCACAGAAGGUAUAAAUGUCAUCUCUUCAGUCUCCAGCCCAAUAACACCAUUCCAGAAAGUCCCAUAUCGGACCAGCGUUUAACCACCACUGGAAGACAAAGAGAAGAAAUGUUAGGACCAUUCAAUCACAUUUGACUUUUUUUUUUUUUCAAACAAGAUGAUCCAUCUUUAAAUGAGGUCAUUAACUGAGACCAGACCUUUAUAUGUGAGAGGAGUGAAAACAGAGUGGAUCAACAGAUCUACUCUACAUCAUGAGAACGACUUUGAA